AUGGUAAGCCCUGCUGCUACACCGCUUGUAUCGACAUCUGAUCAUCCUUGUAUGCUGACUGGUAGUGAUGUAGCUGUAGAGGGUAGCUCAGGAUGUGUGGCCGCCACAUCUGGGGCCGCUCCACUCGAUGUGGAGAUGGGGGAGGCGGCCCCCACACUAGAACAACGCCGCGCCGAGUUAGCUCGGCAGCUGGGCCUCCUGCAGGCAGAGGAUGCUGCCCUCCAAGAGGAGCAGCGCCUCCGAACCCUGCGGGAGGCCCUGCAAUCAGGGGAUGUGGGCAUAAAGAAGGAGGUGAAGGAGGAGAGGGAGUAA